AUGGCGGACUACAGCCAAGACAUCGAGAAGCGCAGCAGUGCCGAGAUCGAUACUAAGGAACAGCUGGAGCCCUCGUCCAACUCGAGCGACAGCGAGGGCAGUGGGGAGGUACAAGAACGCACUAUUCGAGGUAUACGAUGGCUUCUCAUCUGCAUCGCCAUCUUUUCGGCAAAUAUCCUCUAUGGUCUUGACUCCACCAUCGUUGCCGAUAUCCAGGGUGCGGUCUCGGAAACUUACAGCAAUGUUGCGCAGCUGGGAUGGCUCGGUGUUGGUUUUACACUCGGUUCGGCUGUUAUGAUCCUACCACUCGGAAAGGCCUACGGCCUUUUCGAUAAUAAGUGGAUUUUCAUUGGCUGUCUGACCAACUUUGCUGCGGCUAGUGCCCUGUGUGGAGGUGCCCCGAACAUGAAUGCUAUGAUCAUAGGCCGUGUUUGGGCUGGUGCUGGUGGAGCGGGCAUGUACCUUGGAACAUUGAACAUCUGUACCGCCUUGAGCUCGCCAAAGGAGCACGGUUUCUACGUAGGGCUCAUUGGCUUCGUCUAUGGUGUUGGAUGUAUCCUUGGGCCUAUUGUUGGCGGUCUUCUAGCCGACAGCCCUGCCACUUGGCGAUGGGCAUUCUAUCUUAAUCUAUGCAUCUUCGCCGUCAUGGCUCCGAUCUACCUCUUUCUGCUGCCAUCCAUUCCACGCAAGCCAGAGACACCCCUAUCAGACAAAGUGAAGACUUUGGAUUGGUUGGGAAUCAUUCUCAACGCUGGCAUGUAUUGCUGCUUUACAGUUGCCUUUACCUUCGGUGGUGCUAUAUGGGAGUGGAGCGAUGGUCGUAUCAUCGCCUUGUUCGUCGUUUUUGGUGUGUGCGGUAUUGCUUUCGGCGUAUCUCAAGCCCGCGCAAUCUUCACGACCAAGACUGACCGACUAUUCCCCUGUGAUUUCUUACGAAAUCCUCAGCUUGUUCUUCUCUUCAUCAUCAUGGCUUGUGGUGGAGCGGCUGUAUUCGUUGCCGUUUACUACAUCCCGCUGUACUACUUGUUUGUCUAUGGGCUUACCGGUACUGGGGCUGCUGUGAGACUGCUCCCGUACGUUUGCUGCUAUGUGUUUUCGAUCCUCCUCUGCGGUGCAGCCAUGAGAAAGGUUGGUUAUCAUAUGGUCUGGUUUACUGUCAGCGGUCUCCUUAUGACUGCCGGCGGAGCAACAAUGUUUACAGUAACAGUCGACACGUCAAACGCGAAUAUCGCUGGUUAUACGGUUCUCGUCGGCUUGGGUAUGACGACAAGUCAAGCCGUCUACGCCGUAGGCAAUGUCCUAGUAGAUCCAAGCAGAGCAUCCGACGUCAUUCAGUUCCUCAAUAUCUCCCAAGGUGCCAGUGGUCUUAUUGGAUUAGCGAUAGCUAGCGCGAUAUUCCAGACUAAGGCAUUUGAUGGAAUCCAACAGGUGCUAGGACCAGGCUACACGAGGAGUGAAAUUCAGGCUGCCAUUGCUGGAGCCAGGAGUGAAGUCUUGACAAAUGCUUCUCCCGAAAUCCGGGCUCAAUGCAUUGAUGUCAUUGUGUCUGUCAUCGGUGACGUAUGGGCAAUGAUUAUCGCGGCCGGUGCACUUUACACAAUCUGUUCGCUUUUCUUGACGCGUGGGCGGCAUAUCACCCCCAAGACUGCAUCAUGA